AUGGGUCAUGGCGCAUGGGUCAUGGCGCAUGGUGCAUGGGUCAUGGGGCAUGGUGCAUGGGGCGUGGUGCAUGGGUCAUGGGGCGUGGUGCAUGGGUCAUGGGGCGUGGUGCAUGGGUCAUGGGGCGUGGUGCAUGGGUCAUGGGGCAUGCUGCAUGGAGGGGACGUGGCAGAGCGAGUGGUGGAGCUGCUGGGAGGGAUGGGCAUUCAGGCCAAGAGGAGGCACAGCUCAACGCUUCUGGGGGGAGUGGCAGAUCGAGUGGUGGAGCUGCUGGAGGGCAUGGGCGUGCAGGCCAAGAGGAGCGGUGGGAAGGAGAAGUAUACAUUUUUCUAG